AUGGUUUACAAAGUCGCUGAUAUUAGCCUCGCCGCUUUCGGUCGCAAGGAGAUCGGACUCGCUGAGAACGAGAUGCCCGGUCUUAUGGCUCUUCGCCAGAAUUAUGGUCCCCUGCAGAUCCUCAAGGGUGCUCGUAUUGUCGGCUCGCUCCACAUGACCAUCCAGACCGCCGUCUUGAUCGAGACCUUGACUGCCCUCGGCGCUGAGGUUACCUGGACUUCCUGCAACAUCUUCUCCACCCAGGACCACGCCGCCGCCGCCAUCGCCGAGUCCGGUGUCCCCGUUUUCGCCUGGAAGGGUGAGACUGACGAGGAGUACAUGUGGUGCCUCGAGCAGCAACUCCUCGCCUUCAAGGAUGGCAAGGGCCCUAACCUGAUCUUGGACGACGGUGGUGACUUGACCACCCUCAUCCACGAGAAGUACCCCCAGCUCCUUGUCGAGAUCAAGGGUAUCUCUGAGGAGACCACCACCGGUGUCCACCACUUGUACAAGAUGCUCAAGGACGGCAAGCUCAAGGUCCCCGCCAUCAACGUCAACGACUCUGUCACAAAGUCCAAGUUCGACAACCUCUACGGAUGCCGCGAGUCCUUGAUCGACGGAAUCAAGCGCGCCACCGAUGUCAUGAUCGCCGGUAAGGUCGCCGUCGUUGCCGGAUACGGUGAUGUCGGAAAGGGUUCCGCCGCUGCUCUCAAGGGUAUGGGUGCCCGUGUCCUCGUCACCGAGAUCGACCCCAUCAACGCUCUCCAGGCCGCUAUGGAGGGUUACGAGGUCACCACCAUGGAGGAGGCCGUCGUGGAGGGUAACAUCUUUGUCACCACCACCGGCUGCCGUGACAUUAUCCGCGGCGAGCACUUUGCUGCCAUGAGGGAUGACUCGAUUGUCUGCAACAUUGGUCACUUCGACAUUGAGUUGGACGUCGCUUGGUUGAAGAAGAACGCUAUUUCCCACGUCAACAUCAAGCCCCAGGUCGACCGCUUCCAGGUCGCCUCUGGCAACCACAUCAUCCUCUUGGCUGAGGGUCGCUUGGUCAACUUGGGAUGCGCCACCGGCCACCCUUCGUUCGUCAUGUCCAACUCGUUCUCCAACCAGGUCUUGGCCCAGAUUGCCCUCUGGACCGACAUUGAGUCUUACCCCUUGGGCGUCCACAUGCUCCCCAAGAAGCUCGAUGAGGAAGUCGCUGCCUCUCACUUGGCCAAGAUUGGUGUUAAGCUCACCAAGUUGACCCCUGUCCAGGCCGAGUACCUCGGUCUCUCUCCCGAGGGUCCCUUCAAGCCCGAGCACUACCGCUACUAA